CGUGAGUGAGGAGUUGCCGCCGCCGCCGUUUCCUCUGCCCGCCGCGUCUUUCCGGGAAGCGGGAGCCGAAGCCCCGGGCACCUAGGUGUCCGCGCCGCCCCGCUCCCCUCAGGCCGCGCCGAGCGGGCGCCCCAACCCGGAGGAGGCGGACCCGCCGCCCCCCGUCCCCCGUCCUCCUCCUCCUUCCGCCAUCCACCAUGUCGGCGCCGGCGGCCAAAGUCAGUAAAAAGGAGCUCAACUCCAACCACGACGGGGCCGACGAGACCUCAGAAAAAGAGCAACAGGAAGCAAUUGAACAUAUCGAUGAAGUACAGAACGAAAUAGACAGACUGAAUGAACAAGCCAGCGAGGAAAUUUUGAAAGUAGAACAGAAAUAUAACAAACUCCGCCAACCAUUCUUCCAGAAGAGGUCAGAAUUGAUCGCCAAAAUCCCCAACUUUUGGGUAACAACAUUUGUCAAUCACCCACAAGUAUCCGCACUGCUGGGGGAAGAGGAUGAAGAGGCGCUGCAUUAUUUGACCAGAGUUGAAGUGACAGAGUUUGAAGAUAUCAAAUCAGGUUACAGAAUAGAUUUUUAUUUUGAUGAAAACCCUUACUUCGAAAAUAAAGUUCUCUCCAAAGAGUUUCAUCUUAAUGAGAGUGGAGACCCAUCUUCAAAGUCAACUGAGAUCAAAUGGAAAUCUGGGAAGGAUUUGACAAAACGUUCGAGUCAGACGCAGAACAAAGCCAGCCGAAAGAGACAGCACGAAGAACCGGAAAGUUUUUUCACUUGGUUCACUGACCACUCUGAUGCGGGUGCUGACGAAUUAGGAGAAGUCAUCAAAGACGACAUCUGGCCAAAUCCUUUACAGUACUACUUGGUUCCUGACAUGGAUGAUGAAGAAGGGGAAGGGGAAGAAGAUGACGACGACGACGAGGAGGAGGAGGGUUUGGAGGACAUAGAUGAAGAAGGGGAUGAAGAUGAAGGCGAAGAAGAUGAAGAUGAUGACGAGGGAGAAGAGGGAGAGGAGGAUGAAGGAGAAGAUGACUAAUAGAAGAACACUGAUGGAUUCCAGCCCCCCUUUUCCUUUUUAAUUUUCUCCAGUCCCUGGGAGCAAGUUGCUGUCUUUUUAUUUUUUAUUUUUUUUUCCUCUCGUGCUCAGUCGCCUUGUUCUCUUGAGGUGUCUUUUUCUCUCCUCUUUACACCAUGGUUCACUUUUUUUUUUUUGGGGCGGGGCGAUACCUUGAGCAGAAUACAAUGGAUAAAGAUUCUACCAACUUUUCUGUUUCGAGUUCAUUUUUACCCCUUCCUAAUCUCAAAGCAAAAACUGUUUAUGGAAUCAACACACCGUGUUCUGUGGGAAAAAAGAAAACCUUCUGCUCCCUUCACUCUGCUGGAAGCUGAAGAGUGCUAGGCCCCUGUGUAGUAGUGCAUAGAAUUCUAGCUUUUUUCCUUCUUUCUCUGUAUAUUGGGCUCAGAGAUUACACUGUGUCUCUAUGUGAAUAUGGACAGUUAGCAUUUACCAACAUGUACCUGUCUACUUUCUCUUGUUUAAAAAAAAGAAAAAAAAAACUAAAAAAAAUGGGGGUAAUAGGUCAGCAAGGGUGGGUUUGAGAUGUUUGGGUGGGUUAAGUGGGCAUUUUGACAACAUGGCUUCUUCUCCUUUGGCAUGUUUAAUUGUGAUGUUUAACAGACAUCCUUGCAGUUUAAAAUGACACUUUUAAAAUAAAAUUCUCUCCUAAUAAUGACUUUGAGCCCUGCCACUCGAUGGAGAAUCAGCAGAACUUGUAGGAUCUUAUUUGGAAUUGCCAUUCUCUAUUGUAAUUUUGUUCUUGUUUUAUUUUUAAAUUUUCUUUUUUGUUUCACUGGAAAGGAAAGAAAGAUGCUCAGUUUUAAACGUUAAAGUGUACAAGUUGCUUUGUUACAAUAAAACUAAAUGUGUACACAAAGGA